AUGUCCACCAAUGAUAUCGAAAAGCAAGAAUCAACGUCCAAGAGGACAAUACAAGUUGACCGUAUCUUCAGUAGAAAAGACUAUCAGUGGCACUUCGUGAAGUCGAAACCCCCUUCGAAGGAAGACAGGUUCAAGAAAUACGCUCUAGUCGUGCGACGAACAAUCCUCUUCGAUGGAACUCCAGGGAAGACUUUUGUGGAGCUCAGGUCUUCACACUUAGCAAAGGUAUUUCGUAGCAUUCUCAAGGGCGUUGAAUGUAAUGGUUUACGUCUGAAACCACCGACGUUUAAAGUAGAGAUACUGUUUCUUGUUGCUCCCUUAUUAAACGCUCAUCUAGCUGAAGAAGAGGACAGGGGAGUUUUGGAUCUACAAACUUCGGAUGAUAUCAAGGAGGUCCUCACAUUCGUGGAUUCCUACUAUGGCCCAAAGAAACAAGAGAUUGAAUCCUUUCAUGCGAAUGGUGAGAUAAUCUAUGAAUACUUAUGGACGUUGUUCCCGCCGGGUUGCGAAGUCCUUCAACGGCUUGGGCUUAAGAACGAAUCUCAAGCAUUGAAAUUCAUUAAAUAUUAUCUAAUUAGGGCUAGUAUGAUCAAUCACAAUGGAGACAAACUUGGUUGGGGGGUGGUCAAGCUUAAGAUUCCAAUCUUUAGCCAGGCGAAACCUAUCACUAGUCUACCUGUUUUCCCACUCAAAUUUUGCCUACAUGGAUCAAAGGUGCAGCGAGAUUUGAAGGAGAGGGGGAAACGAUACCUAGAUUACUCAAAACCCACUUGCAGAGAAUAUGAUGGCAUAGGGGUCGAGAUGAAGCUUGAAGGCGAUAACUGGAAAGAAAAGCGGUUCUACACAUCCGGAAGAGUUAUGAUUGAUCCAAUCACCUUUAAAAUGAACUGCCCAGACAGUGAACUUCUUGAACUGGAUAUAGCGGAAGAAAUCGAAUCGGACAACGUCACAGAUGAUGAUCUUAUCUUCUGUAACCAUCGCGCCCUCGGAUUCAGCUUUGCGACAAAAACAUGGGGAGGUUUCGCUGUUUCCAAGUUGCAGGAAGUGACAUGGGAUAUCACAGCUAUCGAUAAACUCAUCAUUGAUGGCAAAAGGCGACAUAUAAUAACGUCCCUAAUCAAGGGUCAUAAGUCCGAUCAGUCCAAGUUUGAUGAUAUCGUCCAAGGAAAAGGCAAAGGCCUUGUUGGACUUUUCAGCGGUCCACCUAGGACGGGGAAAACCCUUACAGCGGAAGUUGUGGCCGAAAUGUCGAAGAGGGCACUCUACACAGUUACAGUUAGCGAGCUGGGUACUGAAGCGAAAGGCCUUGAUGAGUCUCUGGACCGCAUUAUGUCGACGGCUCGUCGGUGGGGCUGUGUUGUCUUGAUUGACGAAGCUGAUAUCUUUUUGCGUAAACGAAAAGACGAUGAUAAAGGCCAAAAUGCCUUAGUCAGCGUGUUUCUACGGAGAUUAGAGUACUUUCACGGCAUUAUCAUAUUGACGACAAACCGUCUGAAAGAUAUGGAUGAUGCCUUUAGGAGUCGCAUUCAUUUCAAGUUCCACUAUCCACCACUCACCCAUAGCGACCGCGUUGGGAUCUGGAGGAACUUCUUGCCAGGUUUUACGGAGGCCGACUUAAAUACUCUAGCCCCCAUUGAGAUAAAUGGGCGAGAGAUCAAGAAUGCGGUCGCGUGCACAACAACGAUUUGUGGGGUUAUAGAGGAGCCUCUGAGCGUAGGUGCACUUAAAGAUUCGCUGGAAACCUAUGCUGGUUGGGAAGAAUCGCAGGAGUAA